AUGACAGUAGUCAAUAGUGAAGCGGCCUUUGAAGUUCUGAUUAUCGAUGAUACUCAGGUCACACAGGUCAACCCAAACUUCAAAUAUUUUGGGUCAAUCGUGACUAAACAGGGCAUUGGAGAGGACGAAAUUAAACUCCGCAUUCAAGCUGGCAAGAGAGUAGUGGGAUGCUUAAAUUCAUUGUGGUGGGAUCAGCAUCUCACUCUUAGAACCAAAAAACGGCUGGGGCAAAUCUUGGUUGAAUAUGUGGUGUGCUAUGGUUGCGAAGUAUGGGCUCUAACAGCCGAAAUGAAAUGGAGACUUACAGCAGUCGAAUUGGACUAUCUCAGAAGCGCAGUUGUAUCGAAAAUGGACCGAAUUACCAACAUAUAG